GCAGCCAGCAGCGGCAGAUAAUAUUUAAUGUCAGCAUCAGGAGGAAGAAGAGGUUAUUUGAACAUGGUCAGGUGACUGUAAAAAAAAUAAUUCCAAAACCCAGAAAACAAAAGCAUUAAUUAGUUAAUUUGAGUUGAAAACCCUUAUUGUACUAGUAAGAAUUUGAAUCAAAAAAGCAAUUGUUUUUUUUAAUUCCCACUUGAACCCUGCAAGGCAAGAAAUGCCCCCUCUCUUGAAACGUUUCCAGGAAGAUAGGUGGGUGGAUUGCAGAACUACAAAGUGUCAUGAGGGUAGGGAAGACUAGCAAGUGCAAUAAUUGUCACGUGUACUCAUGUCGUCUGCCAGCUUAGGAAAUGGGGGAGUUGGAAGUUCCAGGUCCGUUAAUGGUUUCAAAAGUUCGUCUAGUUCCGUUGAUUGGCUGGGCAGAGAGAUGCUUGAGAUGAGAUUGAGAGACAAGGUGGACCAUGACGAGGACCGAGAUAGUGAACCCGAUAUAAUUGAUGGUGUUGGUGCAGAAGCGGGACAUGUCAUCAGGACUACUAUUGGUGGCCGAAAUGGUCAAUCUAGGCAGACUGUCAGUUAUAUAGCAGAACAUGUGGUUGGAACUGGUUCUUUUGGUGUUGUCGUUCAAGCGAAAUGUAGGGAAACAGGAGAGAUUGUUGCCAUCAAGAAAGUUCUUCAAGACAAGCGUUACAAGAACAGGGAAUUACAGAUUAUGCAGAUGUUGGAUCAUCCAAAUAUUGUAGCUCUUAAACACUGCUUCUUUUCUACAACAGACAAGGAAGAGCUCUACCUAAAUCUUGUUCUUGAAUAUGUUCCUGAAACUGUUAAUCGUAUUGCUAGGAACUACAGCAGGAUCAACCAACGAAUGCCUCUAAUAUAUGUUAAACUCUACACCUAUCAGAUAUGUAGGGCGCUUGCCUAUAUACACAACUGCAUUGGUAUCUGUCACCGUGACAUCAAGCCUCAAAACUUAUUGGUAAGAUGUUCUGUUUAAGGAUUUAGGUCUUUU